UGCUUGCUUCUCCGUCCCUGAUCGUAAGGGAGAGUCGGAGAAAAAUACUCCAACUUUGGUCUGGAAUAAGAGCGACUCGAGCAGCGGCUCCUACUCUGACAUGAAAUCAUAAAGUAAGAAAUCAUAUGAAGGUGCAGUGCAGCUGCGUGACCAAUCUCUCCUGUGAAUGUUGAAACCAACUAACGUGAACACAACAUCUCCUGGUAAGAACAGCAUUUGUUGUAUCUGGCCUCUCUGCUACUGUCAGACCAGGUUGGAGGACAAUCAGCACCAACGGCUGCUGCAGAUGCUGAUGUGUUUUGUGUGGUGUGCGCUCUCUCACGUUGCGACGGACCCACACACUCACGCAGUGGCUUGCAUGCCUGAUACUCCGCCCCCCCACCCCACCCCGUCCUGCUCUUACUCUUUCCGACACAUACUACACACACUCACUCAGAAGGGGAGCCAGUGUGUGUGAGCAGCAGAGCCUGGCGUGUGGAGAGAGCUGAAGAACAGAGCGCAGAGGAAAAGCGAGGAGCAGAAGAGGGAGACUUGUACCAUGCCAGGGCAGGGAGAACAGCCGAGGGGCUACCUCUCUCUCUGUCUCUGGAGUCGGAGUCUUCUGUUAUUGCUUGGACUGUUUUCCCCCCAACAACAUGCCAGCGGCAACAUAUUGGACAGUAUGCUGCUAAAAGCAUCCAGUAAGGAGACAGCGGAGAACGGGAAGACUUUAGGCAGCAUGGCUCCUGCUUUGUCUUCCGAAAGAUUCCUGUGGUGCCACUGUUACCAUCACUGCCCAGAUGAUUCAACCAAUGUGUGCAGGACGGAUGGAUGCUGCUUUAUCAUGGUGGAGGAAGAGGGAGGGGUACCGGUCCUAACUGCAGGUUGCCUGGGGCUGGUCGGAUCUGAAUUUCAGUGUAGGGACACAGUGUUCCCCAAUGAGAGGAGAUCGUUAGAGUGCUGCAAGGAUGAAGAUUUCUGUAACAAAAACCUUCAUCCUACACUGCCCCCACUCAAACCCCCUCUAUAUGCGGAUUGGAAGAUCCACCAGCUGGCACUAUUGAUUUCUCUCACUCUGUGCAUCAUUAUACUGGCUGCCAUUAUUAUAUUCUGCUAUUUCAGGUACAAGCGGCAAGAGUCUCGUCCACGUUACAGCAUCGGUUUGGAACAAGAUGAAACAUACAUUCCUCCAGGAGAGUCUUUUAAGGACUUGAUAGAGCAGUCUCUGACCUCAGGCUCAGGCUCAGGUCUCCCCCUGUUGGUCCAGAGAACCAUAGCCAAGCAGAUUCAGAUGGUGAAGCAGAUUGGCAAGGGGAGGUAUGGCGAGGUGUGGAUGGGCAGGUGGAGAGGAGAAAGGGUGGCUGUUAAAGUUUUCUUUACCACUGAAGAGGCCAGUUGGUUCAGAGAGACUGAAAUUUACCAGACUGCCCUAAUGAGACAUGAAAACAUACUGGGUUUCAUAGCUGCAGAUAUCAAAGGAACCGGCUCCUGGACCCAGCUCUAUCUCAUCACUGACUACCAUGAAAACGGGUCUUUGUAUGACUACCUAAAAUCAACCACACUGGACAAUAAAGCCAUGUUGCGCCUGGCCUAUUCAUCUAUGUCGGGACUCUGUCACCUUCACACAGAAAUCUUUGGCACUAAGGGCAAACCCGCCAUUGCUCACAGGGACCUUAAGAGUAAGAACAUACUGGUAAAAAGAAACGGGACCUGCUGUGUUGCUGAUCUGGGACUGGCAGUAAAGUUUAUCAGUGACACAAACGAGGUGGACAUCCCUCCCAACACUCGAGUCGGUACAAAGCGUUACAUGCCUCCAGAGGUUCUGGAUGAGACUUUGAACAGGAGUCAUUUUCAGUCAUACAUCAUGGCCGACAUGUACAGCUUUGGGCUCAUCCUCUGGGAGAUAGCUCGACGUUGUGUCUCAGGAGGAAUCCUAGAAGAGUACCAGUUACCGUAUCAUGAGUUAGUUCCCACAGACCCUUCAUAUGAAGACAUGAGGGAGGUGGUGUGCAUCAAGAAACUACGACCUUCCUUUCCAAAUCGAUGGAGCAGCGAUGAGUGUUUGAGACAGAUGGGGAAGCUGAUGACAGAAUGCUGGGCCCACAACCCGGCUUGCCGCCUCACAGCCCUGCGGGUCAAAAAGACACUUGCCAAAAUGUCAGAAUCACAGGAUAUCAAGCUGUGAGACACUACUGCCAGCUGUGCAUAGAACGGACACUAACGACCACUAAUGACCACACUAGCUUUGGUCCAGCCCAUUGCAAAGCCUUCAUCCCCUGGAAAAAAGAAGGAGAGACAGUUUAGGAGAUCACACAUCAUCAAUACACCCAAAACUCUGCAACUCAAGUCUUUUUAAAAACAGCUAAGUUUAAUGUGGCCAAGUUUGGUUUAUCAAAUCAGAUUCAGAUUAGUGUGAGGAACCAUAACCAAGCAUCAUGCAAAUUCCUUGGAUAGAACACCUGAGUUUAACUUGAGGCUGUAGCUGCAGAGAUACUUCAACAAUCUGAUGACCAGUAAGUGGAACACAAUAUCUGUGCUUUCUGUUACAGCUAUCAUACCUGUAAAUUAGGGUCUAAUUGAUAAAACUGAGGGGGUGUGGUUGAAUGCAAUAUGUCACUGCAGGAGAACAUGUCCUUUCUAAACACAUACCAUCCCACUACUGGCUUUAUAUUAAGAUUAUUAUUGUUAUGAAAUAAACACAUUUUUGUCACUCCUAAAUGGACUGCUGUUGGUUGCAAGAUCUGACACCAUGUGACACAAGUAUUAUGAGGCUUUACUGUAAAUUUUUGUUCAUGGUGAUAAAGUUUCUAGACACUGAAAAUUCAAAAUAUGUAUGUUUAAUAGGCUAAUUGAAGUUGUAAAAGUGCUUUUUUCAUGUAAAACUCAAAAAGAAGACUUGUCUGUGAGAAAAUAAAGUUUUUAUGUUGACAUUAA